AUGACACUGACCCUCUUCAUCGCCAACAAGCGCUACUCCUCAUGGUCCAUGCGCCCUUGGAUCCUUCUCAAAGCGCUCGAAAUCCCCUUCGAGGAGAAACUCUACUUCUUCAAACCGGGCGCCGUGCAGCAAGACUUCCUCUCCUUCUCCCCAACAGCUCAAGUGCCCUGCCUCCAUGAUUCUCCCGCCUCGAUCGUGGUCUGGGACUCGCUCGCCAUCUGCGAAUACAUCGCCGAGAAGCACCCCCAAGCCUGGCCGGAUGACGUUGCUGCUCGUGCGUUUGCCCGCAGUGCGUCGGCCGAGAUGCAUUCCGGGUUUGCCGAGUUGCGGAAUACAUGCCCGAUGAAUGUGGCAAUGGAGACGGAGCUGGAGAUACGCAGCGAGAGACUCCAGAAGGAUAUCGCUCGGCUGAAUGCAUUGUUUGAGGAGGGGUUGACGAGAUUUGGCGGGCCGUGGCUGGCCGGUGAGCGGUUUACGAUUGUCGAUGCGAUGUUCGCCCCGGUGGCUUCGCGGUGCAGGACGUAUGGCAUUAAGAUGGAAGGGGGAGCGGGAGAGUACCUGGAUCGGUUAUUCCAGCACCCUGCGGUGCAAGAUUCAGAACUGUCAGUAUUAAGUGCUACAUCCGCCGGUAAGCAUUCACACAUCGAACCUACCUUCUACGGAGCCCAUCAAGUUGUUGUUACCUUCCGAGGUGGUCUUCAAACAGAAGGUGUCAUGUUCACGAUUCUCAAGCAUAUUCGUCGUGACUAUCAGAGACAACACCUACAUUUUGAAAGUGGUCGGUGUACUCGGAUCCAACGCUUAAGGCUUAGUCUCCUCUCUGACACUUCGCAGCAUCACGGGCGAGGGCCGAAACAGUAUUAUGAGUCGCCCGAUCGUGAGACCGACCCAUAUGCCUGUGAGGCCACGGCAUACAGAAGACUUCAAACCCAUGCAAUUUCCGAGAGCGGCCUAAUCCCUCGGUUUUAUGGAAUAUACGAAGCAGCGAAUGGAGAACUUCAUCAGGGUAUUAGGGACAUUCAUAAUGCCCAUGUUGAGCAUAGCGAUGUUCAUCCGAGGAAUAUGAUGGUUGUUGACGGCGAUCCCGAAAGGGCCAUCUGGAUUGACUUCGACAGGGCGCAGACAUUUGAUGCUGAUCAGAUAUCGGAGCUACAGCAGGGGUGGAUGGAUUUUGAGACGGACUUGGUGACUGAAAUAGAUGUUUUCAUGUUUAUAGAUCCAUCCAGAGAACCCGAAGCAGUUAGUCCGUUGCAACGCCAGUCGGACGAGACCCCACCGAACCCCCGCGCCCGAUCCUUCUUUGCCAUCCCACCAUCUCUCCUCCAUAAACCAACUUACGAUCAAUUGAUAUUUCACGAAGCGACGAGCGACGAGGGACGCAGAAUUACAAUCCAUAACCAUCGCAUUCCCUUUCUCAUCUCAUUAAGCACCCGUCCGUCUUCCGAUUCCGAAUCGAUCGCCCCGCAUCCCCGCGUUUCACACCCUACGAUUUACGAUCUACGACCCGCGACCAUGGCUCCUACAAUUCGUGUCAUCGGCUCUCUCAAUGUCGACAUGGUGUCCGUGACACCUCGGUUCCCCGAUGCCGGAGAGACCAUUACUUCCUCCUCGUAUUUCAUCAGCGCCGGUGGCAAAGGCGCCAACCAGGCCGUUGCCUGCGGACGACUAUCCCGCUCGAAGAACAACGCCUUGCCGGCAUCCGGCAAGUCACCCGUCCAGGUGGAGAUGGUUGGUGCGGUGGGAGGCCUAGACGGACACUUCGAUGCGCUGCUGAAGCCGACGCUGGAGAAAUCAGGCGUCGAUUCCUCCCGCGUCCGGAUCAUCGAGGAUGCGUACACGGGAGUGGCGGUGAUCGUUGUCGACGAGUCAGCCGGAGGCGAGAACCGCAUCUUGUUCUCGCCCGGAGCGAACUACCAGGGCAUGAAGCCGGAGCCGCAGGUGUUGGGGACAGGGUUGGCGGCCCCCGUGCCGGACGUGAUUGUCAUGCAAGGGGAGAUCCCCACGGAUACGACGAUUGGGAUUCUGCGCGAGUUGGCGGCCUUCAAGGCGAAGAACCGCGCGGAGGGCAAGCGAGGCAUUGAGGCUGGCCCGGACGUCAUGCUUAAUCCGGCCCCUGCGCCCCCUGGCGGCCUGCCGGAGGAUGUGUAUGCGGCGGUCGACCACUUCAUUAUGAACGAGACGGAGGCAGAGCUGAUGUCUCCGCCGGCCGAGCAGCUUUUGAAGGCCGUCCCGGACGCGGAGGGCCAGCCUAGCAACGAGAAGGUGGCGCGGUAUUUCCACCAGCUGGGGGUGACCUACGUGCUGAUCACGCUAGGGUCCAAGGGCGUCUGGUACAGUGCCACGGACGCCGGGACCUCCGGCCCGGCCGACGGGGCCAACCGAUUCACGAACCAGCUCCCCGCCGCCAAGGUCAGCCAGGUGCUCGACACGACCGCGGCCGGAGAUACCUUCGUGGGAGCGUACGCGGUGGAGGUGGCGCGUUGGCGCGAGCAGCGACGAGCAGACGGCAAGGCCGGACAGGACGUGACGGCCGAGGAAAAGCCGGCACGCUAUCACCAGGUGAUGAACGAGGCCACGGGGUUGGCGACACGAGCGGCAGCCCGCGGCGUCGAGCGGCGAGGAGCGAUGGACAGCAUUCCGUGGGAGGAUGAAAUCUGA